CAAUCAAUCAAUCAAGACUGGAGAUCGAGAAUUGAGACAUUGCAAUCAAGGAAAGAAAUAUUUAAAUCCUCUUCAUUUUUUUUAAAAAUUAUUUUUUUGUUUGUCACUAGUCAACUUUUUUUUUUGUCAAGAUGUCGGUAAUAUGCAGACUGAAACAACUGCUCCCAAAAAACACAGCCUUUUUCCUGUGUGACAUGCAAGAAAAAUUUGCUCCUAGCAUACAAUAUUUCCCUGCCAUAGCUAAUGUAGCAUCUCGAAUUUUGAAAACUUCAAAAAUUUUAAAUAUGCCAGUUGUUGUUACUGAGCAAAAUCCAAAAGGUUUGGGUCAUACUGUUAGUGAAAUUGGAUUAGCUGAUUAUCCAGAAAUAAAAGCAUUUCAGAAAACACAAUUUUCAAUGAUGAUUCCAGAAGUACAAAACUUUUUAAAAAAGGAGCAUCCUGAAGUUGAAAAUAUUGUGAUUUGUGGAAUAGAAUCACAUGUGUGUGUACAGUGCACUGUACAUUCUCUAAUAAAUAGUGGGUAUGAUGUCCAUGUUGUAGCUGAUGGAUGCUCUUCUAGAACUAUGGUCGACAGGAUGUAUUCAUUUCAAAGAAUGAAAGCUAUGGGUGCGUGGCUUACUACAAGUGAAAGUGUGAUUUUAGGAUUAGUAGGUGAUUAUACUCAUCCAAACUUUAAAGAAAUACAGAAACUGAUUCGAGAACCAGCACCAGAUAGUGGAUUGCUUUCACAUUUACCUCAUCUUGGACUCAGCAAAUUUUGAAUGUAAAUAGGAGAAGUUUAAAGUGUUAAUGACUGAUUUAUAUAAUUCUAUUUGUGUUAUCAUAUCACUAAAAUUCUAAAGCAACAUUUUUAUAGGAAAAAUUUAUUUUUUGUAUCAAAAAAUAUAUAUUUAAAUGUUUUAAUGUUAUAAAUACAAUGUCACUAUUAUGUAUUUUGUUGACAUUAAAAGAAAAUUCAGAAUAGGUUUG